GACCAUUGCCAUAAAUCGAACAUGAAUGGAAUAAAAUACCGUUUCUAUUACAUUAUGUUCAUUGCCUUUUGCAGUAUCGGCGAAAGAGAAGAAGUCCUAUGCGCUGUGCUAUUCAGCUAACGUUAGCAUGUAUUUCCCUUCGCUGCAAACAUCCCUCUCAGAAUUAUAGUUUAACCUGCAGAUUUUUAAGCAAAAUGGCGACACUGUAAUGGAUGGAGGACGAAAAACGUACAGUGUCAAGUGUAAUGACAAACUUGCUAAUUGUUAUUGUUUCCUGCAUUGGGAAGGUAGGUCUCAUGCUUCGAUACACGCGUCUAUAGACAAUAUAUUAUUAUUUGGGGAAUCUUGUGUUGACAUGUUUAGAGGUUCGUGGUAGCCCUUGGUUUUAUUGAGCACGGAACACAGCGGACACACUGGCACCAUACUGGCAUAGAGAUGAGAUAACGCAAGACGUUGGCUCGACAUGCAUAAUGGUGGGUUUUCAGAAGACCAUAGAGUGGAACCAAUGGUUUGGAACAGAUUGAACAUACUGGGGAGAUGGCUGAUAUAAAGCCAAAUGCACAAGAGGACAAAGAAGGAGAUGUGGUGGAACCAGUGUGUGACAGCUCCGUUGCCACUCAGGAGCCAUUACAGUGUCACACGUCCUCCCUUAAGAACAAUGCUGCAAGGUUGUCAGAGCAGCUGUCCUUUGACAGACUCCCAAACCCUUUAAAUGGAGCACAGCCCAGUCCAUUUGUACCCAGCAGUGUCCCUGCUGUUCCCCACACAGCCCAAGCAGCCCAUUCACUACCUUUCGUAGCACUUGUUAAUGGACCUGCUUCACACCCUAACUCAGAGGAGAGCUGUGGCCUGAACAAAGACAGCACAACGCCCAACACUGACCUGGUGGAGGCCCAGGACGCCCAACUAUGGCAAGCAGGGAGGGACACAAGCUCUCAGGUGUUACCACCACCCAGUGAGCUUCAAUCAGACGCCCUGAAGAACCCAGCAGGGCCAGGGCCUGUUCUGAAAACACUAGCCACCACGCAGCCAGAGGCCAACAACACGUCACCAUCUGACUCUGGGGAGAGUGAGGCUGAACUGCCCUACCAGGCCCGUGACGCCACCUUGUCAGACCACAGUCCACAGCCUCACCAAACGCCAAUUAACCAAAUAUGGACGGCUGAGGGAGUCAAGGCUAGAGCUAGAUCUAUAUGGGACUUAAACACCACAGAGUCCUCUGAGAGCUCGUCGGACGGUUCUGACGGGGCUGACUCACUACACUGGGAUUCUCAGAAAGAGCUCAUACGUGUGUUGUGGAACAAUCGUAACGUUGACAGCAGCUUAGAGGAAAAGGCUGCGGGAGUGGGAGUGAUGCCUCAGCUUACCAGCCAAAGACAGAGGAAGCGUAAAAUACACCUGGUGGGUACGUCAGGCUCUCCUGAAAAAGUUUACAACAGCAGCUCGAACCAUACCUACAAAAAGUGGCAUAUUGAAGAGGAGGAAGAUGAUGAUGAGGAUUUUGACAUCGCCAACAUAAAUGAUGAGGAUUUCCCUUGUAAAAAGGCUGUACAGUCUUCUGUGAAUUCAUGUCAAGAGCAUCCCAGUGACAGUCCUGUAAUCAUCAAGAAGCUGAUUAUAAGAGCAGAUUGCCACGAAGACAAUCACUCCGACUCCCUCUUUAGUAGAAAGCCCAAGCAGCUAAAGACAGAGCAAUCCGAACAAGAACCAUCAUUCUUCCCAUGCACAAAGUGCAAUGUUAAUUUCAAGGAGAAAAGGCAUUUGCAUAGACAUAUGAUGUAUCAUUUAGAUGGGCAUAAUCAUCAGAUACGCCACCACGAGAACGUUCCACGGCCUUUUAUAUGCAGGGAGUGUGGGCGUUCGUUCCGCGACCGCAACUCCCUCCUCAAGCACAUGAUUAUCCACCAGGAGAGACGGGAGAAACUUAUGGAGGAGAUCCAGGGACUCAACAAACUCCGAGACGAAGGCAGGAACGCUAAGCUGCAGUGCCCGCAGUGUGUGUUCGGGACCAACUGCCCCAAGACGUUCGUCCAGCACGCCAAGACACACGAGAAGGACAAACGUUAUUACUGUUGCGAGGAGUGCAACCACAUGGCCCUGACAGAACGGGAGCUUGAAGCACACCUGUACGCGGUGCACUGUGACACACUGCAGUACAAAUACAAGAACAUGAUCAAAGAUGAGGAGUCAGAGUUUCCUACAGAUAACAAUGAAGAUAAUGAAUCAAGAUCUGUUCUGUUUCACUGUAAAGUGUGCCCUUUCAGCACCCAGAAUCAAAAUGACCUGAAGAGCCAUUGUGACCUAAUACACCAGUUUUGUGAGGAAGAAUGUGAAAGUCCACCGUUUAACAAAGCAUCUGACCAUCAAGAUCAAUAUAGGCUAGCUGACCCGUCCAAAAAAUCAGAUUUAAAACUCCUACAGCUGAAGCAAAAGUUCUGUAUUAAAAAGCCUGCUUUCUGGAAAAGAGCAGAUUUGCCCUUUUGGUCUGGUAGUGUAGCUGACUUUUACACGAGAAACAAAGCAGACGCACAGAAGUAUUACAAAGAUCUUACCGCCUCCCAGUUCAAAUGCAGUCUUGGCAGCUCAACAAACAAGCUGUCACCAUCUAUGUGGAGGAGCGACAAGCCAAGCAAAUUAUCUCCAAAACCAAUAGAGAAAAUAGACGUGACAACAGGUCUCCCUUAUGUUGAGGAAGACAAUCAACAAUACGACCAUGUCAUUUCAGGAAUCUCAGAAAGGACAAAAUAUCCCUCAAAUGUUGAUGUGUUGGUUACAUCCAAGAUGGCUAAAACAGGCCAGAUGCUAAAUCAUAGCUUUGACUCUGACAAGAGUCAGGGAGAUAGCAACGACUUGACCUGCAGGAAGUCAGAGCCCCAAGCUGUUACCCGAAAGUCUCCAUCCAAACGAAAAAUGUCCACACCCUUCCGCAACACUGUGGACAAGGUGGUUGAUAAUGUUUUUCCAAAACUGAACCCAAAGUUAAAAGAGACUACCACUCCUGAAGACACAGAAGAUGAUGAUUAUGAGGACACGUAUGACUUUAGUGCCUACACCAGUGAGGCUACAGCCAACUUCCUGGAUAGUAGUGAGAAUGAGAGGAACCCCUAUGCCCGUAGCUACUUCAUACGCAGACAGAGGGGUUCUUUUGUUAAAGAAGAUCCUGAACCUGCUGCUGAUGUCGGCCAUUUUGAAAAGAACGCUACUCAGCCUGACCACCAUUUUGAAAAGACUGAAGUCAAGGAGGGGGAGUAUGACAGCGAUGACAUACAGAAGCUUAUUAUCAAAGAGGAGUGUAUAGAAAGCUCAGUGUGUGACGAUUCUCCGGAGUCACCCACCACCACCAAAACACACAACCAAAGUCUCUCCUAUGAGUAUGACGUCUCCCCUCCAUUUGGGUCAGAAAGAAAGUCCUGCCCCUAUUGUCCUGCUGUGUUUGAGUCUGGGGUGGGCUUGUCCAAUCACGUGCGAGGGCACCUGCACAGGGUGGGGCUGAGUUAUGAUGCUCGCCACGUGGUGUCACCUGAGCAGGUAGCUUCGCAGGACCGACAGCCACGCAUACGCAGGAAGAUCCCUUCUGUGGCACGGAGGAUCAAAAAAGCUGAGAAGCCGGAGUCUCAGGCGGAGCACACCUGUCCCUUGUGCUGUGGCUGGUUCGACACCAACACGGGCCUCUCCAAUCAUGUGAGGGGCCAUCUAAAGCGGAUAGGGAAGACCAGCACCAGCACCAGCACCAGUAAGAGUCCAGUGUGUAUCCUUAACGAGCUGCUACAGGAUGAGCAGGAACACCAGAACAUCCUCCAGACCCUCAACAGGAAGCAGUUCCUCUCUCGACCAAUCAUCUCCCAAAAGUUCAUCGGAAGUGAUGGGCUCUUCCUGACACCCACAGGGUUCCCAGUGAAGAUCCAACAUGGCUGCCAGCCAGGCCAGGAUGGCAAUUCCACUUCAUGGGGGCCCAGUGCAACUACACCCAGGCAGGAGGAAGUUAAGGGAGAGGAGUUAUUUUCUGAAAGGAAGAGUAUAGAGAUACGAGUGGUCAGGGAACCUUCCCAGGGCACUUUAGUAGAGCUGCUGAGGAAGAGGAAGUUGGACAAGGAGCAGGAGCAGCUGAGGAAUAACAGCAGAUCGUAUGAUGCAGAUAGGAAUCACCUUACUGUGACCAACGAGAAGUUUGAGGAGAGACAGAACCAACAGGCCAGCAACCUGGAACCACACUGGGCCCAAGAGAGAAAUGAAUCUAAUAAGAAGAUGUGCAUUCACUGUAACACAACCUUCCCCAGUGCUGUUAGCCUGUCCAAUCAUCUUCGCGCUUAUGCACGCAGGAAGAGGGUUGCCAUGUUGGAAGGAACAACCUAUUCCUGUAUACAGAAGAAGCCUAGGUUGAGGGCUGGACCAAAGAAGAAACUAUUCUCAGCUCUCCCACCUGCUGUUGAGGAGAUGUACAGACUCACCUGCAGAUUCUGUGACCUGGUCUUCCAGGGUCCUCUGUCCGUCCAGGAGGAUUGGAUCAAGCACUUACAAAGACACCUCAUGCACACCAGUGUCCCUCAUACAGGGGCUGGCAUGGUAGAGGUCCUGGGACUACACAAAGAGAUGUCCUCCUUUCCCCCCCAGCAGCACCCCUGUCUGGAGCACCCAAUGUCCAAAUUGCACCCCACAGCCCACGAGCCACUGGAGCACCAUGAGCACCCCUGCUUGGAACACCCCUCUCAUCAUGAUCACCCCUCUCCCCAGCAGGAACCCCCCUUGCCCAAUGAGCACCCCGAAACCCACGAGCACCCUGAGCCACAUGAUGAGCACUCCUUGCAUUAUGCAUAUCCCUCAUCCAAUGAGCACCCCAGCCUGGAGCAGCACACGGCCACGCCCCCUCCGGAGCUUCUUCCAGUGGCUUCCUGAGCUAAGGGGUUGUUUACAACAUUUUCACUUUAGAUCUUUAUCCUGCACAUGUAAAUAUGGAUAGAUACAUAGAAAUAUAUAUAGAGAUAAAUACAAAUAUUCUAAAGCUAUAUAUAUAUAUAUAUAUAUAUAUAUAUAUAUAUAUAUAUAUAUAUAUAUUGUUUUUCUUAAUAUGCACAUGGACCUACUAGCCCUUCUCUCUAUUUUAUAAGACCUGUAUCUAUACUAUAUUGUAGAUGAUAGAUCUUGUUACUUAGACGUACAGAACCGUUACUGAAUUUACAGUUACAGAGAAUUCUACUUGAGAUGCAAAAAGGCCAACAACAUUCGCUGAAGCUUGAACAGCCGUCAGUUCAGAACAUUGUAUCUCAACUUUUUUUUACCUAAUGUAUGCAGUGCUGUUACCUCUUCUACUCUACUACGUUUAAGUGAAGUUUUACUUACAGAUAAUCUUGCCAUAUUGCAACAUGGACGCAUGUUAAAUGUGUCUUCUUGUUUCUUUCUUUACACUGUUUAGCAGUCAGUCAGAACUUUGAACCCAAUACCAAUGGGGUGGCAGGUAGCCUAGUGGUUAGAGCGUUGGGCCAGUAACCAAAAGGUUGCUAGAUUGAAUCCCUGAGCUGACAAGGUAAAAAUCUGUCGUUCUGCCCCUGAACAAGGCAGUUAAACCAAUGUUCCCAGUCAGUCAUUGUAAAUAAGAAUUUGUUCUUAACUGACUUGCCUAGUUAAAUAAAAAUAAACCAAAAGAGACAACUCACACCUCAGCAUUGUGA